GGGGCUGAAUCGCUGCCAACUCUAACAGACUGCAAGAGGGUUCUGCCCUUUCCAAAUUCUCAGUGAAGAAGAGGAUGUUGGCUGUUAUUGUGACCAUUGCCAUAGCUGUGCUAGGUUGCUGCUGAUGAUGUGCUCAAAUCUCCACCCACUUAUUCCAGGCUAUUGGCUUCAUGUGGUUUCAGUAUGCGUCUCAGCUGCCCGUGUUACUCUCUAAGUCCAAUUUUCCCUCAGCCCUAUUUUCACAUUGCCUCUGCCUAUUUGAUGCUUUGCUUUAAGGUGCUUGAAUUCCCAGUCUGCCAGGUGCUGGGCUGUUGAGCCAUAUGCCAUUGAGUGAGCUUGCCAAUGGGGUAGACCAAAGAAGAAGAAUAAUGGGCGUGUUGUCAGGUUGCCUGAUAUCGCUUCUGGAACAUUAAAGAUGUCUCCAGCUUCAGUCUUGCAUAAAUCUUUGCGUAGCUUGUGGAGUCUAUUUGUAUGUGCGCUUGGUUGCUGCUUCGGGGACACAGAUUAAAUCCUAAAUUCCAGUGUUUAAUUUUGAGAUACAGCUCAGAACAAGCCCUUCUGACCCUGUUUAGCCCAAAUCACAGGACAAUCUACAAUGACCAAUUAACCUACUAACUGAUACAUCUUUGGACUGUGAGGAAACUGGAGCACCUGGAGGAAACCCUCACACCCAUGGGAAGAACGUACAGACUUCUUGCAGAGGAUGUCGGAAUGGAACACCAGAACUGGCUGUGUGAAGAUUUCCCAUUCUCCCUUAAUCUCUGGGCAUAUGUUGUUUGACCUUCCUACAAUGAAUAACGCAGGAACAAGAUGUAGGUUGUAUUAUGAAAUUCCAACUGGCAAUCACUGAGGGAGCAGUUUUGUGAUGGGGCUUCGAGUUCAUUUCAUCUAUGAUCCGCAGGGUUUAUGUUGCAUCAGUAUAAUCACCUUCAUUUGGCUGUACAAUACAUACUACAUCCCCAAACUUAUCCUGUUCCCUCACUACGAAGAAGGACAUAUUCCAGCUGCUGUGAUAGUGCUUUAUUACUUGGCGUCACUGUUCUGUGUAAUAUCUCUGUUGAGAGCCUCCAUUGCUGAUCCUGGGAGAUUGUCACAAAACCUGGAAUUCCCAUAUUCAGAAAGACAAAACUGGGAAAUCUGUAAUAAAUGCAACCAGAUGAGACCAAAGCGAUCUCAUCACUGCAGUCGAUGUGGGCACUGCAUUCGAAAAAUGGAUCAUCAUUGCCCAUGGAUAAACAAUUGUGUUGGAGAAGACAAUCACUGGCUCUUCCUACUGCUAUGUUUCUACACAGAGUUUCUGAGUUUCUUCACAUUGAUACUCAAUUUUUGCCAAUAUUACUACCUCCAGCCUCUAAUGAAAGCAAAAGAGGAUCUCUUUAUGUUUCGGCAUGAAUUGGCCUUGCUGCGGGUAUCUACCUUAAUGGCCUUAGUGAUGACCGGAGGGAUGUCUGGCCUCUUUUAUAGUCAACUGACAAACAUUCUGGCCGAUGUGACUACUAUAGAAAGAAUGUCAAGUUGUCCAGAUGAGAUAUUGAAGCCCAGAAAGCCUUGGCAGCAAACAUUCUCAGAAGUGUUUGGCACUCGCUGGAAGAUCCUGUGGUUCAUUCCAUUCAGGCAGAGGCAACCGCUGCGAGUCUCCUACAAUCAUGCCAAUCACGUUUAAUAGAUGGAAACUGCAAAGACGAGUCCUCCUGUGUCGAAGUACUUAACAACCUUUCAGUGAUACUCCCAUCUUCACCUUCUGUUUAUUUUCCUAGCAACAGUAAUAUCUUCCAAGUAACAAAAUCUUUUCUUUAUUAAUGGCUGCUGUAGGUUUAAUUUCAAGGUCAGUUUAGAGUAACGGAUACAACCCUUUGAAAAUGCAAUGACGGUCUUGGAAAUAUUACAAAAUGUAGGCAUUUUGAUGGGAAUAAUAAUGGGACUAUUCCAGCCAAAGUUGGCUUAAUCUGCAUCAGAAAGUUAAUGAGACGACCGCUUUGGUCAAAACAUAACAGUGACUACCUUCAUUUUCUUCUGGAAUUUUCUUUAAAUAAACAUAUUAAAAUGUUUUGGUUUGUGAAAGCAUUAGCAGUAUUGUAACGUCUGAUUCAUACUCAUAUUUGAUUAAUUCUGAUUUUGCAUCCUGAAAAUUCUUUUGCAUAAAGUAUUUCAAAACCACGCGUUGCUCAACUUAUAUCAGUCACUACAUCAAAAUAAAAUACAUUUUAAGGUUAAUGCAAAGAAAUAAGUUUUAAAUUAACUGGGUGCUUUCUGAAAAAAGCAGUUAUGGUUUUAAAAUGUUUAAAAAUGUGUUGUUUCAUGGGUUUUUUCAAUGUUUUGUACAAUUUCUGCACUUCAUUUGUACCAAUAUUUUGUAUCAAACAUGUUGAACUUGUUAUCUAUUAUUUAUUACUACUGAGGGUUGCAAGAUCAUUAGUACAACUGGGGGAAAAAGUGACAAUUUAAAAAUUCUCAUUUAUCGAGGAUCAUGGAACUUUAGAUGUGGGAAUUAUGUAAUAUGACCAAUCCUGUGGGAAGCGGUUGACAAGGUAGCAAUUCAACAUGAAACAUUUUAUCAAGUGCCUAUAAUUUGAUGACUUAUUAGGCUUGUCCAAAACUGUUCAGGAACCAAAGAUAUCAUUUGGGGACAAGUGUAGAUAAUAAGUUAAAAUUUUUAGUAAAGCCUGCAGUAAAUUGUUGCAGUAACUUUAUUGUAUCCAAAUGAUUAGCCAAUAGAUUAAUCUUGAUAUUUCUUGAGUAAUCGUGUGCUUUUAAAAAUUGUGAAAAUUGUGGUUUAUCUUUGACUAUGGAAUGUCAUAAAAUGGAGUAAAUGGUCUUUGCAAUGUUUUGCGACUGCAGAGGUAAAUUCUUGCAUGAAACUAAAGUACUGAUACUGGCUAUAUCAGUGGUGUUAAAUGAAUAUUAUGUUAGACAGCAGGUCAGGAUUAUUGUGAGAAAUUUGCUUUGCCAUAUACAUGUACAACGUUCACCUCGUAAAUUUUAUGUUUAAUGUGGGAUUGUGUUUGAUUAAAUAUUUCACAAGAA